AAUGCUUUGACAGCCACAAGUUCGGGAAACAGCGUGUUUUGGCCGAUACAUCCAAAAUGUCUCCGAUUAAGGACUUAUGUCUGGCUUGUGAAGCUCUCAACGAAGAGGAGACUUUCUCUGAAGGAGACACUAUCACAGGCACAGUCACUUUUACUUUGGCGAAAGAAACCAAAGUUAAAAGUGUGGUGGUGAAAGCCAAAGGGGACGCGCACGUCAGCUGGUCGGAAGGCAGCGGAGACGACCAGAGGACCUACACUGCGCACAAGAGAUACUUUAAACUUAAAGAGCACUUAGUCGCAGAAAAUUCCAAAGGCACUGUUCUUCCCCAAGGGGUCCAUUGCUUUAAGUUCAGGUUUAACAUUCCACAGGGGAAUAUGCCAUCAUCCUUCAAGGGGUUUCAUGGAAGGAUUGUCUACAUGCUUGAAGCCAAGGUGCCCAGGGGCUGGCUGAGGUGUUCUCAAGUACAAAAAGAGCUCAAUUUCGUUUCAAAGUCCUCUUUACCCCUUGGCCAAGUAAUGUGUCCCCAAUCUGGUUCCAUGGUUAAAGAAAUUGGGGUUUUCUCCAAAGGACAGGUCCAAAUCUCUGCUACCGUCAACACGAAGGUUUGCUCUCCAGGGGACACUUUAUCGGUUGUUGCCAAGAUUAGCAACUCCUCUUCCAAAAAAGUGAAGCCCAAAUUCCGUUUAGAGCAGAAAACGGUGUACCACGCCAGUGGCUCCACCAAUUCUACUGCCAAAACUCUGUGCAAAAUAGUCGGCGAGACUAUCGCACUGAACUCAGAGGAAACUGUCUCCUGCCAAUUGACGAUUCCUGCCGAUGCCAUUCCCACACUCCAGCAUUGUGAAAUCAUCUCAGUUGACCAUUAUCUCAAGGUGUAUUUGGAUAUCAGCUUUGCGAUUGACCCAGAAGUGGUCUUUCCACUGGUCAUAGUUCCUUCUAGCUUUGCCCGGAGUAUCAGCGACUUCCCUCCCCCUUCGGUGUCUAUGGGUCCCUAUCCAGCUGGGGCUAUUGGGGCCCCAAGUUACAGCGACUUCCCUCCCCCUGCGGUGUCUAUGGGUCCCUCUCCAGUUGGGGCCAUUGGGGCCCCAAGUUACAGCAACUUCCCUCCCCCUGCUUUCCCUAUUGGUCCUUAUCCUGUACCUGCAGGAUCAGGUGCUUAUGGGUACCCAGCACCAGCUCCCACUCAAAGUGGUACCAUAAGUGGCUGUGAUAAUCCGUGGCCACAACAGGCCCCUCCAUUUGGUUUCUCAACUGCAGCUUCAUCUUUAAUGCAGCAACAAGCCCCUACUGCUCCACCUCUAGGAGGAGAAGAUCCUCCCUCUUAUAUGUCCCUUUUUUACCCUUCUCAAGACCCUCUCGGUAGGACGGGGUCAGAGCACAAAAGCUAAGCUUUAAAAAGAACACAAAUCUCCCUCCAGACUGUUUAGAAUUGGUCUGAAAGACAUACCAAAUUGUUGGACAUGUAAGACAGAGGACGGCCAACGACUUCAUGCCCUAUUGUUCUGUGAUAAGGUCCAGGAAUUUUAGACCGGAACACAUGAUAACCUAUGUUGGAUUGCAGGGAGUUCCAAUCAGCAGUCAGUGGUAUUUUUUGUAUUUUUAUGUUUUGUAAAUUAAUAAAAAAUUGUUAAUCACAAAAAAAAAAAAAUAAUAAUCUUGACUUGAGGAGCACAGGCCUGUUGCACAAAAGUGGAAUGAAAAUAUCCAGGAUAACUGAAAAAGUGCAGCUUGACUUAGUGUGAUCCGCGACUUAAUCGGUUGCACGUUUGCCGAGCCAAGAUGAGAAGGCAAACAACUGACAGCACUACAAAAAAAA